AUGCUUGGCGAGUCGGACUUGGGUAUCCCAGGCGAUCCGCUUACUUCUCCAACCGCACGUUACGGGGCAAUGCAUCGUUCUUCUGUAUUUCUUACCAACCAGCAGGCUGUCCUGCUCUUUUUCUCUUGUACUCUACCAACAUUGUCGACUCUAUACCCCCCCUUGGCAUAAUUAAACUCGCUUGAAAGCCUCCGAUCACGCAGUGUCAUGACCUUUACGUUGCCAUUCUUGACAAGACGGACUUCAGGUCGUGUGCCAACAAGAAUGGACCCGCAGCGCAGGAAGAAAUUAUUUCUGUCCUAUUUGCCGGACUGGAUUUUUACAAUAGGAUUUGCCGCACUAUUUUAUGGUGUUGAGAAGAUCGGAAGUUAUAAGAGACAAUUUUCCUUAGAAGAUACCUCGUUACGACACCCUUAUACCCUGCAUGAACGAGUACCGAACCCUGCUCUGGUGGCAAUAUGCUUUGUUGCACCUGUUGUAUUACUACCCAUUGUGAAUUUGCUGUCGGUGCGUUCGUGGUGGGACCUACAUACCAGUUAUUUAGGCUUGAUACUUUCCCUCGCCCUCACAGGGUCAGUCACACAGAUUGUGAAGAUCACAGUUGGCAGACCGAGACCAGAUGUGAUUGCUCGCUGUAUUCCUAUACCUGGUUCCGCUGAUCCGCAGUAUGGUCUGUCAACCGUUGAUGUUUGCACACAAACCGAUCUGUCAAUAUUGGAUGAUGGAUGGCGUAGCUUUCCGAGUGGUCACUCAAGUCUUUCAUUCGCAGGACUUGGUUUCCUGUCUUUAUAUGUGGCCGGAAAGGUCCACUUGUUCGACCGCCGUGGACAUGCUCCGAAGGCCUGGCUAGCCAUAACACCUCUUUGUGGUGCCGCUCUGGUUGCCAUUUCGCGUACCAUGGAUUAUCGUCACCAUUGGCAGGAUGUCUUAGUAGGGUCCGCACUCGGGCUUCUACUAGCUUUCUUCUCAUAUCGCCAGUACUACCCUUCACUCGCUGCGACGGAUUCGCAUCAUCCGUACUCUCCGCGUAUUCGGCGGGAGGCUGCUAGUGAUAUUCUUCCCCUUCACGAAGCCAUGCUCCCCAGAGUCCCCACCGAUCGCUCGAGUGGGCAGAAUGAAGUACCUGACGCAUAUGAUGAUAUGCCUGACCGUAGCUAUCACGAGUCGUUGGAUAUGACGCCUCCUCGCGUUUCUAUUGCCAAGCAAGAGACAAGCAUCCUGGCCGAUGGGCCGUGGAAGCAGAGCGAGGAUGCGCGUGAACGGUCGGAAAACAGUAGCGGUGAAUACCACUCGUGAUGUUUGUAGUGUACUCAUGUUAUCCAUUCGUCGCAUAGGCUUGGACGGUUUCUGUUACUUAUAUACGCAUGUUGCUAGUCCUCCCGAGGUAGAGUAGGUAAAAAUGCAGUCCUGCUAGAAUUACCCAUAAGCCCGUUUCAGAGCCGGGUUGCGUAUACUAAGAAGCUACUUCUACAGUAUGGGUGUAAGGUUGGUGUAAGGUGUUAAAAGUAAUGCCAAGUCCGUGAAUGAAGUUCGAUACAGUAGUAGCGAUGCGAAUGGAAACAAAACGA